GGCGAUGCAACUUCCGUUUUCAGCACCAUGUACAGCGCCGUCACUCUCGCUUUCUCGUCGAGAGCCUACGCGGCGGCUUGAGGCGGGGAGCUAAACUUUUGGCGAAAUCAGAGGGAAGGUCCGUGGCCGUUCACACGACGGUGCCUGCGCGUCUUCAGCCCGAUGUCCCCCGCCGUCUGUCGCAGCGACGAAUAAGCGCGGCCGCGGAGAGACCGAGGGGAGAGGCUCCGAGAGACAGGCUCCCGGGUGUGAGAUGAAUAUGCACAGAGACGGCUCCGUGAAACAGAUCCGUCGCUUUCUGCUCCGAGGCUGCUGAGGGGACACAGUUGCAAUUUAAAAAGCAACCGAGCGACUUUCGAGACGAGAGGAAAAAGAGAGAGCGAAAGGAGGGAAGGACCGCUGUGCGAGGGGGGGACGCGAAGGGACUCGAUCUGCAUGUGAGACCGCUGGUCCACACACACACCGGAGGCAAGAGAUGCAGCCUGCGAGCAAGCUCCUGACUCUGAUUCUCCUCAUCUUCAUGGGCACAGAACUCACCCAAGUGUUGCCAGCAAACCCAGAGGAAUCGUGGCAGGUGUACAGUUCAGCCCAGGAUAGUGAGGGAAGGUGUGUCUGCACUGUGGUGGCGCCCCAGCAGUCCAUGUGUUCACGGGACGCCCGCACCAAACAACUGAGGCAGCUGUUAGAGAAGGUCCAGAACAUGACCCAGUCCAUCCAGGUGCUGGACCAGCGGACCCAGAGGGACCUGCAGUAUGUGGAAAAGAUGGAGGUCCAGCUCCGUGGUCUGGAAACUAAGUUCAGGCAGGUGGAGGAGAACCACAAGCAGAACAUCGCCAAGCAAUACAAGGCCAUAAAAGCGAAAAUGGAGGAGCUUAGACCGUUGAUACCAGUGUUGGAGGAGUACAAAGCCGAUGCCAAAUUGGUAUUGCAGUUUAAGGAGGAGGUCCAGAAUCUGACGUCAGUUCUAAGCGAACUUCAGGAGGAGAUGGGGGCCUAUGACUACGAGGAGCUCCACAGCAGAGUGUCAAAUCUUGAGGAGAGACUCCGAGCAUGCAUGCAAAAAUUAGCAUGCGGCAAGCUGACGGGCAUCAGUGAUCCCAUCACCAUCAAGACGUCCGGAUCCAGGUUCGGUUCCUGGAUGACUGACCCUCUGGCACCUGAAGGAGAUACACGGGUCUGGUACAUGGAUGGUUACCAUAACAACCGCUUCGUGCGGGAGUACAGAUCGAUGCAGGACUUCAUGACGUCAGACAACUUCACGUCCCAUCGGCUGCCCCACCCGUGGUCAGGAACAGGUCAGGUGGUCUACAACGGCUCCAUCUACUUCAACAAAUUCCAGAGCCACGUCAUCAUCAAGUUCGACUUCCGCACCUCUUCCAUCAGCAAGUCCCGGCAGCUUGACUACGCCGGCUUCAACAACGCUUAUCACUACGCCUGGGGCGGCCACUCUGACAUUGACCUAAUGGUGGACGAGGGAGGCCUGUGGGCUGUCUACGCCACCAACCAGAAUGCCGGCAACAUUGUCAUCAGCAAGCUCAACCCCAACACGCUGCAGAUCAUCAAGAGCUGGACCACCAACCACCCCAAAAGGAGUGCCGGGGAGUCUUUCAUGAUCUGCGGUACGCUUUACGUCACCAACGGCUACUCAGGGGGCACCAAGGUCUACUACGCCUACUCCACCAACUCCUCUACCUACGAGUACAUCGACAUUGCCUUCCAGAAUAAGUACUCACAUAUCUCCAUGCUGGACUACAAUCCGCGUGACCGUGCCCUCUAUGCUUGGAACAAUGGCCACCAGGUCCUUUACAAUGUCACACUGUUCCAUGUUAUACGCUCAGAAGAACUGUAA